GCCCUCUCCUCCCCCGGCUGGGCACGCCCCCCGUGCCCGGCGCUAGCGCGGAGGCGGUGGGCAGCGCUGUCAACCUGCUGCAGACACAGGGCACCCGCGCGCCGCUCGCUGCCGGGGCCGGGGCCGGGGCCGGGCUGGGGCUGCCGGCUGCGCCGCGCUCGCACUUGCCCCAGCCCGGUGCGGCGCGUCCCUGAGCGUCCUGCUCCGCCACCCGCCGCCGCCGCCUCCCCGCGGGGAGCCGCCGCCGCCCGCCCGGGCACCGGGAGAGAGAGAGGGGGAGCCAUGGCUGAGGGGGGCGAGGGCGAAGACGAGAUCCAGUUCCUGCGAACUAAUUACAGUUUGACAAUUGGAACCACAUCUAGAGCUUGGGAAGCGCACUUUGUUGUAGAUGAUGAAGUGGUUCUGCAGUGCACGGUAACUGUCCACAAGGAGCAACAGAAACUGUGUCUAGCUGCAGAAGGGUUCGGCAACAGGCUUUGCUUUCUGGAAUCCACAUCAAAUUCUAAGAAUGUGCCCCCGGACUUGUCCAUCUGCACCUUCGUGCUGGAGCAGUCCCUGUCAGUUCGAGCCCUCCAGGAAAUGCUGGCCAACACAGAGGAAAAGGCAGAAGGGCUAGUUGAUGUGGAAAAAUGGUCUGCGCAAGGUGGUGGUCAUCGAACACUGCUCUAUGGGCACGCGAUCCUGUUGCGCCAUUCCUACAGCGGCAUGUAUCUGUGUUGCCUCUCUACAUCUCGCUCUUCAAUGGAUAAGCUGGCAUUUGAUGUAGGAUUGCAAGAGGAUACAACAGGUGAGGCGUGCUGGUGGACCAUCCAUCCAGCUUCCAAGCAACGAUCAGAAGGAGAAAAAGUGCGUGUUGGAGAUGAUCUUAUUUUAGUCAGUGUCUCUUCAGAAAGAUACUUGCAUCUUUCUUAUGGCAAUGGGAGCUUACACGUUGACGCAGCCUUCCAGCAAACACUCUGGAGUGUAGCCCCAAUCAGUUCAGGAAGUGAAGUUGCCCAAGGCUAUCUGAUAGGAGGAGAUGUUCUGAGGUUAUUGCAUGGCCACAUGGACGAAUGCUUGACAGUCCCUUCUGGUGAACACGGAGAAGAACAAAGAAGAACUGUCCAUUAUGAAGGUGGUGCUGUGUCAAUUCACGCCCGUUCCCUUUGGCGACUAGAGACUCUAAGAGUUGCGUGGAGUGGCAGCCACAUUAGAUGGGGACAGCCAUUCCGGCUAAGACAUAUAACAACAGGGAAAUAUUUAAGCCUCCUGGAUGACAAGAGUCUUCUUCUUACAGACAAAGAGAAAGCAGAUGUAAAAUCUACAGCAUUCUGUUUUCGGUCUUCCAAGGAAAAGUUGGAUGUAGGGACAAGAAAAGAGGUGGAUGGAAUGGGAGCACCUGAAAUAAAAUAUGGGGAUUCGAUAUGCUUCAUACAACAUGUAGACACGGGCUUAUGGCUCACAUACCAAUCUGCUGAUGCAAAGUCUGUAAGAAUGGGAUCUGUGCAGCGCAAGGCAAUAAUGCACCAUGAAGGUCACAUGGAUGAUGGUUUAACAUUGUCCAGAUCUCAACAUGAAGAAUCCCGUACAGCACGCGUCAUCCGUAGUACAGUCUUCCUUUUCAACAGGUUUAUAAGGGGCCUUGAUGCUCUCAGUAAGAAAGCGAAGUCUUCCACGGUUGAUUUACCCAUUGAGUCAGUCAGUCUGAGCCUUCAAGACUUGAUUGGCUACUUUCACCCCCCUGAUGAACAUUUGGAGCAUGAAGACAAGCAAAACAGGCUGCGAGCACUGAAGAAUCGCCAGAAUCUCUUUCAGGAAGAGGGUAUGAUCAACCUUGUCCUUGAAUGUAUUGAUCGCUUGAAUGUAUACAGCAGUGCAGCUCAUUUUGCAGAUGUAGCUGGGAAGGAGGCUGGAGAAGCGUGGAAAUCUAUUCUGAAUUCUUUGUAUGAAUUACUAGCGGCUCUGAUUAGAGGGAAUCGUAAAAACUGUGCUCAAUUUUCUGGAUCUCUUGAUUGGUUGAUCAGCAGAUUAGAAAGACUGGAAGCUUCUUCUGGAAUUCUAGAGGUUUUACACUGUGUGUUGGUGGAAAGUCCAGAAGCUCUAAACAUUAUUAAGGAGGGACACAUUAAAUCAAUUAUCUGUCUUUUGGAUAAACAUGGAAGAAACCAUAAGGUUUUGGAUGUCUUGUGCUCUCUCUGUGUAUGUCAUGGAGUAGCUGUGCGGUCUAAUCAACAUCUAAUCUGUGACAAUCUCCUGCCAGGAAGAGAUCUGCUUUUACAGACACGUCUUGUCAACCAUGUGAACAGCAUGCGACCCAACAUCUUCUUGGGGAUUAGUGAAGGCUCUGCCCAAUACAGAAAGUGGUACUAUGAACUUAUGGUGGACCAUCUGGAGCCCUUUGUAACUGCAGAAUCAACUCAUCUACGAGUGGGCUGGGCAUCAACAGAGGGCUACUCACCGUAUCCUGGUGGAGGAGCAGAAUGGGGAGGAAAUGGUGUUGGUGAUGAUUUGUAUUCUUAUGGCUUUGAUGGUCUGCAUCUGUGGUCAGGUUGUGUAGCACGGACAGUAAACUCCCCCAACCAACAUCUGUUAAGAACUGAUGACGUUAUUAGCUGCUGUUUGGAUCUGAGUGCCCCCAGCAUCUCUUUCCGGAUAAAUGGUCAGCCAGUUCAAGGAAUGUUUGAGAAUUUCAACAUAGAUGGCCUCUUCUUCCCAGUUGUCAGCUUCUCAGCAGGAAUAAAGGUACGUUUCUUGCUUGGAGGUCGCCAUGGAGAGUUCAAAUUCCUUCCUCCACCCGGGUAUGCCCCUUGCUUUGAAGCUGUCCUACCAAAGGAAAAACUGAAAGUGGAGCACAGCCGGGAGUACAAACAGGAUCGCAGCUAUACAAGAGACCUAUUGGGUCCAACUAUCUCUCUGUCACAAGCAGCUUUCACCCCAGUUCCUGUAGAUACCAGCCAGAUUGUUUUGCCUCCACACCUGGAAAGGAUUAGAGAAAAAUUAGCAGAGAACAUCCAUGAACUUUGGGUUAUGAAUAAAAUUGAACUUGGCUGGCAGUAUGGACCAGUUAGAGAUGACAACAAAAGACAACACCCAUGCUUAGUGGAGUUCUCAAAAUUACCAGAGCAGGAAAGAAAUUAUAACUUGCAAAUGUCACUUGAAACACUCAAAACCCUGCUAGCAUUAGGCUGCCAUGUUGGAAUUGCUGAUGAACAUGCUGAAGAAAAAGUGAAAAAAAUGAAACUUCCAAAGAAUUACCAGUUGUCAAGCGGAUAUAAGCCUGCUCCCAUGGAUCUGAGUUUUAUCAAACUGACCCCCUCUCAAGAGGCUAUGGUGGAUAAGCUGGCAGAGAAUGCUCACAAUGUGUGGGCAAGGGACCGUAUCAGGCAAGGCUGGACAUAUGGUAUCCAGCAGAGCCAACGAGCCAGCCAGCAGAGGGAGCACAAGUUAACUAAUAAACCCUGUUCCCAGAACUGUGCUGACAGCUAUGAUGACACUGAUCACACACAAGAUGUGAAAAAUAGACGCAAUCCUCGCCUUGUCCCUUAUGCCCUUUUGGACGAUCGAACCAAAAAGUCAAACAAAGAUAGUCUCCGGGAAGCAGUCCGCACCCUUCUUGGCUAUGGUUACAACCUAGAAGCUCCUGAUCAGGAUCAUGCAACAAGACUAGACAUAUGCAGUGGGAUAAUAGAAAAAUUCAGGAUCUUCCGCACAGAAAAGACUUACUCAGUGAAGGCUGGGAAGUGGUACUUCGAGUUUGAGGCAGUCACUGCAGGAGACAUGAGAGUUGGCUGGACCAGGCCAGCUUGUCUGCCAGAUCAGGAACUUGGCUCAGAUGAAGAAGCUUUUGUUUUUGAUGGCUUUAAGGCACAGCGGUGGCAUCAGGGUAAUGAGCAUUUUGGCCGCUCCUGGUUGGCAGGAGAUGUUGUUGGAUGUAUGGUUGACAUGAAUGAACACACUAUGAUGUUCACCUUGAAUGGUGAAAUCCUACUUGAUGACUCAGGUUCGGAACUUGCAUUCAAGGACUUUGAGGUUGGCGAUGGGUUUCUACCUGUGUGCAGCCUGGGCUUAUCUCAAGUGGGAAGAAUGAACUUUGGAAAAGAUGUCAGCACUCUAAAAUAUUUCACUAUCUGUGGCUUACAGGAAGGGUAUGAGCCCUUCGCUGUUAAUACAAACAGAGACAUCACCAUUUGGCUGAGCAAAAGACUCCCUCAGUUCCUAUCAGUGCCAUUAAACCAUGAACAUAUCGAGGUAAUGAGAAUUGAUGGCACCAUAGACAGCUGUCCCUGCCUGAAGGUCACACAGAAGUCAUUUGGUUCACAGAACAGUAAAUCAGACGUCAUGUUUUUUCGAUUAAGUAUGCCUAUUGAAUGUGCUGAGGUGUUCUCCAGGACAGCUGCAGGAGGGUUAACAGGCACUGGUCUUUUUGGCCCUAAGAAUGACUUGGAGGAUUACGAUGCUGAUUCUGAUUUUGAGGUUCUAAUGAAAACUGCUCAUGGUCAUCUAGUGCCUGACCGGACAGAAAGAGACAAAGAUGCCACAAGACCAGAGUUUAACAAUCAUAAAGAUUACACUCAAGAAAAACCUUCACGUCUUAAACAAAGAUUUAUGCUGAGGAGGACAAAGCCUGAUUAUAGCACAAGCCACUCUGCACGACUUACUGAGGAUGUGCUAGCAGAUGAUAGGGAUGACUAUGAUUAUUUGAUGCAAACUUCCACGUACUAUUAUUCGGUGAGAAUAUUUCCUGGUCAAGAACCUGCUAAUGUCUGGGUGGGCUGGAUUACGUCUGACUUUCAUCAGUAUGACACAAUCUUUGACUUGGACAGAGUGCGCACAGUCACAGUUACACUGGGAGAUGAAAAGGGGAAGGUUCAUGAGAGUAUCAAACGCAGCAACUGCUAUAUGGUGUGUGCAGGAGAGAGCAUGAGUCCUGGACAAGGACGCAAUAAUAAUGGGCUGGAGAUUGGUUGCUUGGUUGAUGCUGCCAGUGGUCUGCUGACCUUCACAGCUAAUGGCAAGGAACUAGGCACAUACUAUCAGGUUGAACCAAGUACUAAGCUAUUUCCUGCUGUAUUUGCUCAAGCUACAAGCCCCAAUGUUUUCCAGUUUGAAUUGGGAAGAAUAAAGAAUGUGAUGCCAUUAUCUGCUGGUUUGUUCAAAAGUGAACACAAAAACCCAGUCUCUCAAUGCCCUCCGCGUCUCCAUGUCCAGUUUCUGACUCACGUGCUUUGGAGCAGAGUGCCAAACCACUUCCUGAAGGUUGACGUCUCUCGGAUCAGUGAACGUCAAGGCUGGAUGAUACAAUGCUUGAAUCCUUUGCAGUUCAUGGCCCUUCAUAUUCCAGAAGAAAAUAGGACAAUUGAUAUUUUAGAGCUAACAGAACAAGAAGAAUUGCUGAAAUUUCACUAUCAUACCCUCCGAUUGUAUUCAGCUGUUUGUGCUUUAGGAAACAACCGGGUGGCCCAUGCUAUGUGUAGCCAUGUGGAUGAGUCUCAGCUCCUGUAUGCUAUUGAGAAUAAGUAUAUGCCAGGAUUAUUACGUGCAGGAUAUUAUGACUUACUUAUUGACAUCCAUCUCAAUACCUAUGCCACUGCCAGGUUAAUGAUGAAUAAUGAAUUUAUUGUUCCAAUGACAGAUGAGACCAAGAGUAUUACCUUGUUUCCUGAUGAAAACAAAAAACAUGGCCUUCCUGGUAUAGGACUUAGCACUUCCUUAAGGCCAAGAAUGCAGUUCUCCUCCCCAAGUUUUGUAAGCAUUAGCAGUGAAUGCUUUCAGUUCAGUCCUGAAUUCCCUCUGGAAAUCUUAAAGGCCAAAACAAUAGAGAUGCUGACUGAAGCUGUUCAGGAGGGCAGCCUCCAUGUUAGAGAUCCAGUUGGAGGCUCUACAGAAUUUCUUUUUGUCCCUCUCAUCAAGCUGUUUUACACCCUCCUGAUUAUGGGAAUCUUCCAUAAUGGGGAUCUGAAACACAUCUUGCAGUUGAUUGAGCCCCGGGUUUUCAAAGAAGCGAUGAGUCAGGAGGAUGAAAGUGAUUUCUCAGAGAAGGAGCUGAGUUCAGAUGAGCUCAAGGCAGAAGAAGGAGAGGAAGAAACCAAAGGGGAGCAAGUGCCGAAGGAAGGACUCCUUCAGAUGAAGCUUCCUGAACCUGUUAAAUUACAGAUGUGUCAUCUACUCCAGUACCUGUGUGAUUGCCAGGUACGACACCGGAUAGAAGCCAUUGUAGCAUUUUCUGAUGAUUUUGUGGCCAGGCUUCAAGAGAAUCAGCGCUUCCGAUACAACGAAGUAAUGCAGGCCUUGAAUAUGUCUGCUGCCCUGACAGCUAGAAAAACAAAAGAAUUUCGUUCCCCACCUCAGGAACAGAUUAACAUGCUGCUGAACUUUAAAGAUGAUAAAAAUGAUUGUCCUUGCCCUGAAGAAAUUCGGGAUCAACUCUUGGAUUUCCAUGAAGACCUAAUGGCACACUGUGGAAUCGAACUAGAUGAAGAUGGAACCUUGGAUGGAAAUAGUGAUUUAACCAUUAGGGGUCGCCUUCUAUACCUUAUGGAAAAAGUCACAUAUCUGAAGAAAAAGCAAGCUGAGAAGCCAGUUGAUGAUGAUACUAAGACAUCCUCUACUCUUCAGCAGUUGAUUUCAGACACAAUGGUACGCUGGGCCCAGGAGUCAGUAAUAGAAGACCCGGAGUUAGUGAGGGCCAUGUUUGUGUUGCUACAUCGCCAAUAUGAUGGUAUUGGUGGCUUGGUUCGAGCCCUACCAAAGACCUACACCAUAAACAGUGUGUCAGUGGAAGACACAAUCAAUCUUCUAGCAUCCCUCGGCCAAAUCCGUUCCUUGCUCAGUGUCAGAAUGGGGAAGGAGGAAGAAAAACUUAUGAUUCGUGGAUUAGGAGACAUCAUGAAUAAUAAAGUAUUUUACCAACAUCCAAAUCUCAUGAGAGCUCUAGGUAUGCACGAGACUGUCAUGGAAGUGAUGGUAAAUGUGCUUGGUGGAGGAGAGUCCAAGGAAAUCACUUUUCCAAAGAUGGUGGCAAACUGCUGUCGUUUUCUAUGUUAUUUUUGCCGCAUUAGCAGGCAGAAUCAAAAGGCUAUGUUUGAUCAUCUUAGCUAUUUAUUGGAAAACAGUAGUGUUGGCCUUGCCUCUCCUUCUAUGCGAGGAUCAACUCCUUUAGAUGUUGCAGCAGCGUCUGUGAUGGAUAACAAUGAACUUGCACUAGCUUUAAGGGAACCUGAUCUUGAGAAGGUGGUUCGCUACUUGGCUGGAUGUGGAUUGCAGAGUUGUCCUUUGCUGGUUUCUAAAGGCUACCCAGACAUUGGAUGGAAUCCAGUUGAAGGAGAACGAUAUUUGGAUUUUCUUCGUUUUGCUGUUUUUUGCAAUGGAGAGAGCGUGGAGGAGAAUGCUAAUGUUGUAGUCAGGCUGCUUAUCCGUCGACCUGAAUGUUUCGGUCCAGCUCUAAGAGGAGAAGGAGGCAAUGGGUUGCUUGCCACCAUGGAGGAAGCAAUAAAAAUAUCAGAAGAUCCAACAAGAGAUGGACCUUCCCCAAGUAAUGGAUCUGGUAAAACCCUUGAAAUGGAAGAACAAGAAGAUGACACUAUUCACAUGGGAAAUGCCAUCAUGACCUUUUAUGCAGCUCUGAUUGAUCUCUUAGGACGCUGUGCCCCUGAAAUGCAUCUAAUCCACGCAGGUAAAGGGGAAGCCAUUAGGAUCAGGUCAAUUCUACGGUCUUUGAUUCCACUGGAAGAUUUGGUGGGCGUAAUUAGUAUUCCUUUCCACAUGCCAACCAUAGCUAAAGAUGGUACUGUGGUGGAACCUGACAUGUCUGCGGGGUUUUGCCCAGAUCACAAGGCAGCCAUGGUUUUGUUCCUUGACAGGGUCUAUGGAAUUGAAGACCAGGAUUUUCUUCUACAUCUUCUUGAAGUUGGCUUUCUGCCAGAUCUCCGUGCUGCUGCUUCUUUAGAUACGGCUGCUUUAAGUGCUACAGAUAUGGCUUUGGCUCUGAAUCGAUACCUUUGCACUGCCGUCUUGCCUUUGUUGACCAGAUGUGCUCCUCUUUUUGCUGGCACAGAGCACCAUGCUUCCCUCAUUGAUUCCUUAUUACAUACCGUGUACAGACUAUCAAAGGGCUGCUCUCUUACCAAAGCUCAGCGAGAUUCCAUCGAAGAAUGUUUACUCUCUAUCUGUGGGCAGUUGAGGCCUUCCAUGAUGCAGCAUUUGCUGAGAAGAUUAGUAUUUGAUGUUCCUCUAUUAAAUGAACAUGCGAAGAUGCCUCUCAAGUUGCUGACAAAUCAUUAUGAAAGAUGCUGGAAGUAUUAUUGUUUGCCAGGUGGAUGGGGUAACUUUGGUGCUGCCUCAGAAGAAGAACUUCAUUUAUCCAGAAAGUUGUUCUGGGGUAUUUUUGAUGCCUUGUCUCAAAAGAAGUAUGAACAAGAACUCUUCAAACUGGCAUUGCCUUGUCUGAGUGCAGUUGCAGGGGCCUUACCCCCGGACUAUAUGGAAUCAAAUUAUGUCAGUAUGAUGGAAAAACAAUCUUCAAUGGAUUCAGAUGGGAACUUUAACCCUCAGCCUGUUGAUACCUCAAACAUUAUUAUCCCUGAAAAGCUAGAAUAUUUCAUUAACAAAUAUGCAGAACACUCUCAUGAUAAAUGGUCAAUGGAAAAGUUUGCCAAUGGAUGGGUAUAUGGUGAAACAUAUUCUGAAUCUGCGAAAGUGCAACCAUUAAUGAAACAAUAUAAAUUACUGUCCGAAAAGGAGAAAGAAAUUUAUCGAUGGCCAAUAAAAGAAUCACUGAAAACCAUGCUGGCAUGGGGAUGGCGGAUUGAAAGAACACGGGAGGGAGACUCCAUGGCUGUCUAUAAUCGAACACGUCGCAUAUCUCAAACCAGUCAAAUCUCUGUAGAUACAGCCCACGGUUACAGCCCUCGAGCAAUUGACAUGAGCAAUGUCACCCUCUCCAGAGACGUUCAUGCUAUGGCUGAGAUGAUGGCUGAAAACUACCAUAACACAUGGGCAAAGAAAAAGAAAAUGGAGCUUGAAGCAAAAGUAGGAGGAGGCAACCAUCCUCUUCUGGUUCCCUAUGAUACACUCACAGCCAAAGAAAAAGCCAAGGACAGAGAAAAAGCACAGGAUAUUCUGAAAUUUCUACAGAUUAAUGGAUAUGUUGUCUCCAGAGGACUUAAGGACCUGGAAUUAGACACGCCUUCCAUUGAGAAACGCUUUGCCUACAGCUUUCUUCAGCAGCUUAUAAGAUAUGUGGAUGAAGCCCAUCAGUACAUUCUGGAGUUUGAUGGUGGCAGCAGAGGCAAAGGAGAGCACUUCCCAUAUGAACAAGAAAUCAAGUUCUUUGCCAAAGUUGUGCUCCCUUUGAUUGAUCAGUAUUUCAAAAAUCAUCGCCUCUAUUUCUUAUCUGCAGCAAGUAGGCCUCUCAGCAGUGGAGGCCAUGCCUCUAAUAAGGAGAAGGAAAUGGUGACAAGCCUGUUCUGCAAACUUGGAGUUCUUGUCAGGCAUAGGAUUUCACUGUUUGGAAAUGAUGCAGCAUCAAUUGUCAACUGUCUUCAUAUACUGGGCCAGACCUUGGAUGCAAGGACUGUGAUGAAAACUGGUCUGGAGUCUGUUAAGAUGGCAUUGAGAGCAUUUUUGGACAAUGCUGCUGAGGAUCUGGAGAAAACAAUGGAAAAUCUUAAGCAAGGCCAGUUUACACACACCAGAAACCAGCCAAAGGGAGUGACACAAAUCAUUAAUUAUACCACAGUGGCUCUUCUACCGGUGCUAUCUUCAUUAUUUGAGCAUAUUGCACAGCACCAGUUUGGGGAAGAUUUAAUAUUGGAAGAUGUUCAGGUCUCUUGUUACAGAAUAUUGGCCAGUUUAUAUGCUCUGGGAACCAGCAAGAGUAUCUAUGUAGAGCGGCAACGAUCAGCACUAGGAGAAUGCUUGGCUGCUUUCUCGGGUGCAUUUCCAGUGGCUUUUUUGGAAACUCACUUGAACAAACAUAAUACCUACUCAAUUUACAAUACCAAGAAUGCAAGAGACAGAGCAGUUCUCAAUUUGCCUACUGGUGUAGAAGAGGUCUGCCCAAAUAUUCCUUCCUUGGUGAAACUAAUGGAAGAAAUUGUGGAACUGGCAGAGUCUGGUAUUCGUUACACACAAAUGCCACAUAUAAUGGAAGUGAUACUGCCUAUGCUGUGUAGUUACAUGUCACACUGGUGGGAACAUGGGCCAGAAAAUAACCCUGACAAGGCUGAAAUGUGUUGUACAGCCUUGACAUCAGAGCACAUGAACACUCUGUUGGGUAACAUACUGAAAAUCAUCUAUAACAACCUUGGUAUUGAUGAAGGAGCAUGGAUGAAGAGAUUAGCAGUGUUUUCCCAGCCCAUCAUAAGCAAAGCGAAGCCCCAGCUCUUAAAGACACACUUCCUGCCACUGAUGGAUAAGCUAAAGAAAAAAGCAGCAGUGGUUGUAUCGGAUGAAGAACACCUAAGAGCAGAAGGCAGAGGUGACAUGUCGGAGGCUGAACUGCUCAUCCUAGAUGAGUUCACCACUUUGGCACGGGACCUCUAUGCCUUCUACCCUUUGUUGAUUAGAUUUGUGGAUUAUAACAGGGCAAAAUGGCUAAAAGAGCCCAACCCUGAAGCUGAGGAAUUGUUCCGCAUGGUGGCUGAGGUCUUCAUUUACUGGUCAAAAUCUCAUAAUUUUAAAAGGGAAGAACAGAACUUUGUGGUACAAAAUGAAAUCAACAACAUGUCUUUCCUUAUCACUGACACCAAAUCAAAGAUGUCCAAGGCAGCAGUUUCUGACCAGGAGAGGAAGAAGAUGAAGCGAAAAGGUGACCGGUACUCUAUGCAGACCUCGCUCAUUGUGGCAGCACUGAAGAGAUUGCUUCCCAUUGGCCUAAAUAUUUGUGCCCCUGGAGACCAAGAGCUAAUUGCACUAGCCAAAAAUCGAUUCAGCAUGAAAGAUACUGAGGAUGAAGUUCGAGAUAUCAUCCGCAGUAAUCUUCAUCUCCAGGGCAAGCUUGAAGAUCCUGCCAUUAGGUGGCAGAUGGCACUUUACAAAGAUUUACCAAACAGGACUGAAGAUUCCUCAGAUCCAGAGAAGACAGUGGAAAGAGUUCUUGAUAUAGCUAAUGUACUGUUUCACCUGGAGCAGGUUGAGCAUCCCCAGCGGUCCAAAAAAGCAGUGUGGCAUAAGCUGUUGUCUAAACAGAGGAAAAGAGCAGUAGUUGCCUGCUUUAGAAUGGCACCAUUGUAUAAUCUUCCCAGGCACCGAGCUGUCAAUCUCUUUCUUCAAGGCUAUGAUAAAUCUUGGAUUGAAACAGAAGAACACUAUUUUGAAGAUAAACUGAUAGAAGACUUAGCAAAACCUGGAGAGGAACCACCAGAGGAAGAUGAAGGUCUUAAAAGAGUUGAUCCUUUACAUCAACUUAUUCUGCUAUUCAGUCGAACAGCCUUAACUGAAAAAUGCAAAUUGGAUGAAGAUUUCCUGUACAUGGCUUAUGCUGACAUUAUGGCAAAGAGCUGUCAUGAUGAAGAAGAUGAUGAUGGCGAAGAGGAAGUGAAGAGCUUUGAAGUCACAGGAUCCCAACGCAGCAAGGAAAAAGAAAUGGAAAAGCAAAAACUUCUGUACCAGCAAGCCAGAUUGCAUGACCGGGGUGCUGCCGAGAUGGUUCUUCAGACGAUCAGUGCUAGUAAAGGUGAGAUGGGGCCAAUGGUUGCAGCUACCCUAAAGCUAGGGAUUGCCAUCUUAAAUGGAGGAAAUUCUACGGUUCAACAGAAAAUGCUUGACUACCUGAAGGAUAAAAAGGAUGUGGGUUUCUUUCAGAGCCUUGCUGGUCUUAUGCAGUCUUGUAGUGUUCUUGACCUAAAUGCGUUCGAACGUCAAAACAAAGCAGAAGGCCUUGGCAUGGUGACUGAAGAGGGAUCAGGAGAAAAGGUGAUGCAGGAUGAUGAAUUCACAUGUGACCUCUUCCGCUUCCUCCAAUUGCUCUGUGAAGGACAUAAUUCAGAUUUUCAGAAUUACCUGAGAACUCAGACUGGUAACAACACAACUGUUAAUAUUAUUAUUUCCACAGUGGAUUACUUAUUGAGAGUUCAGGAAUCUAUUAGUGAUUUCUAUUGGUAUUAUUCUGGGAAGGAUGUUAUUGAUGAGCAAGGACAACGAAACUUUUCCAAAGCCAUCCAGGUUGCAAAACAGGUUUUCAAUACUCUCACAGAGUAUAUCCAGGGACCAUGUACUGGGAACCAGCAGAGUCUGGCACACAGCAGGCUGUGGGAUGCAGUGGUUGGUUUUCUUCAUGUGUUUGCGCACAUGCAAAUGAAACUGUCUCAGGAUUCCAGUCAAAUAGAAUUACUUAAAGAAUUAAUGGAUCUUCAGAAGGAUAUGGUUGUCAUGCUGCUGUCUAUGCUGGAAGGUAAUGUUGUGAAUGGAACUAUUGGCAAGCAGAUGGUUGAUAUGCUUGUGGAAUCGUCCAACAACGUGGAGAUGAUCCUGAAGUUUUUUGAUAUGUUCUUAAAACUUAAGGAUUUGACUUCCUCUGAUGCAUUCAAAGAAUAUGACCCUGAUGGUAAAGGCAUAAUUUCAAAGAGGGAUUUUCACAAGGCAAUGGAAAGCCAUAAGCAUUACACUCAAUCUGAAACUGAGUUUCUGCUAUCGUGUGCUGAAACAGAUGAGAAUGAGACCCUAGACUAUGAGGAAUUUGUGAAGCGGUUCCAUGAACCUGCCAAAGACAUUGGUUUCAAUGUUGCUGUUCUCCUGACCAACCUCUCAGAACACAUGCCCCAUGAUACCCGCUUGCAGACUUUUCUUGAGCUGUCGGAAAGUGUCCUGAAUUAUUUUCAGCCCUUCCUUGGACGCAUAGAAAUCAUGGGCAGUGCAAAACGCAUUGAACGAGUUUAUUUUGAAAUAAGUGAGUCAAGUCGGACUCAGUGGGAGAAACCUCAGGUAAAAGAAUCAAAGAGACAAUUUAUAUUUGAUGUUGUAAAUGAAGGAGGAGAGAAAGAAAAGAUGGAGCUUUUUGUUAACUUCUGUGAGGAUACCAUCUUUGAAAUGCAGCUGGCUGCUCAGAUCUCUGAAUCAGAUCUGAAUGAAAGGUCAGCAAAUAAAGAGGAGAGUGAGAAAGAUAAGCCUGAGGAACAGGAUCCUCGAAUGGGUUUUUUCUCUCUUGUGACUAUGAAAUCAGCAUUAGUAGCGCUUAAGUAUAAUUUAAUGACUCUUAUGAAAAUGCUCAGCAUGAAGAGCCUAAAGAAACAAAUGAAAAAGGUGAAGAAAAUGACCAUGAAGGACAUGAUCUUGGCUUUGUUUUCUUCUUAUUGGAGCAUUUUGAUGGGCUUACUGCAUUUUGCAUAUAGUGUCUUCCGAGGCUUCUUUCGCAUUGUGUACAGUUUGCUACUUGGAGGGAGCCUAGUAGAAGGAGCAAAGAAAAUCAAGGUGGCUGAACUACUAGCUAAUAUGCCAGAUCCUACUCAGGAUGAGGUGCGUGGGGAAGGAGAAGAAGGGGAGAGGAAACCAACAGAAACUGCUUUGCCUACAGAAGAUCUGACAGAUUUGAGAACUUUAUCAGAUGAUAGUGAUCUACUCUCAGAUAUAUUUGGUUUGGAUUUGAAACGAGAAGGUGGCCAGUAUAAAUUGAUACCUCAUAAUCCAAAUGCUGGUUUGAGUGAUUUAUUAAGCACUCCUUCCUUAGUUCCGAUGCCUGAGGUGCAGGAAAAAGUACAGGAGCAGGUGAAAGAAGAUGAAAAGGAAGAGAAGGAAGAAACAAAAUCUGAACCUGAAAAAGCAGAAGGAGAAGAUGGGGAAAAAGAAGACAAAGCCAAGGAAGACAAAGGAAAACAGAAAUUAAGACAGCUUCAUACUCAUAGAUAUGGAGAACCAGAUGUUCAGGAAUCAGCUUUCUGGAAAAAAAUCAUUGCAUAUCAACAGAAGCUUCUUAACUAUUUUGCUCGGAACUUUUAUAACAUGAGGAUGUUGGCAUUGUUUGUUGCUUUUGCCAUCAACUUCAUCCUGCUCUUCUAUAAGGUUUCAACCUCUGCUGUGACAGAAGAAAAGGAAGUUCCUGUGGUACCUGCUGGUGAAAGCUCCAAGCUGAACAGCCUGGAAAGCGACAGCAACAGGGUCAUUGCAGUGCAUUAUGUCCUGGAAGAAAGCAGUGGCUACAUGGAACCCACACUGCGGAUUUUGGCUAUCCUGCACACAGUCAUCUCCUUCUUCUGCAUCAUAGGGUAUUACUGUUUGAAAGUUCCUUUGGUUAUUUUUAAGCGGGAAAAGGAAGUGGCAAGGAAAUUGGAAUUUGAUGGGCUGUAUAUAACUGAACAGCCCUCAGAAGAUGACAUUAAAGGGCAGUGGGACAGACUUGUUAUCAACACACAGUCUUUUCCAAACAAUUAUUGGGACAAAUUUGUGAAAAGAAAGGUCAUGGAUAAAUAUGGUGAGUUCUAUGGCCGUGACAGAAUCAGUGAGUUACUAGGAAUGGACAAAGCUGCUCUCGAUUUUAGUGAUGCUCGAGAAAAGAAGAAACCAAAGAAAGAUAGCUCCUUAUCUGCUGUGCUAAAUUCCAUUGAUGUUAAGUAUCAGAUGUGGAAAUUAGGAGUUGUUUUCACUGAUAAUUCUUUCCUUUAUCUGGCUUGGUACAUGACCAUGUCAGUCCUUGGCCAUUACAACAAUUUUUUCUUUGCUGCUCAUCUCCUUGAUAUUGCAAUGGGAUUCAAGACAUUACGAACUAUCCUCUCAUCAGUGACCCACAAUGGCAAACAGCUUGUGCUAACAGUGGGAUUACUGGCAGUAGUUGUAUACUUGUACACAGUAGUGGCAUUCAAUUUUUUCCGCAAGUUCUACAACAAGAGUGAAGAUGGUGAUAUGCCAGAUAUGAAAUGUGAUGAUAUGCUAACAUGCUACAUGUUUCACAUGUAUGUUGGAGUGCGUGCAGGUGGAGGCAUCGGUGAUGAAAUAGAGGAUCCAGCAGGAGAUGAAUAUGAAAUCUAUCGGAUUAUCUUUGAUAUCACUUUCUUCUUCUUUGUGAUUGUCAUCCUCCUGGCAAUUAUACAAGGUUUAAUUAUUGAUGCUUUUGGUGAGUUAAGAGAUCAGCAAGAGCAAGUCAAGGAAGAUAUGGAGACAAAAUGCUUUAUCUGUGGAAUAGGAAAUGACUACUUUGAUACAGUGCCCCAUGGCUUUGAAACACACACGCUACAGGAGCACAACUUGGCCAAUUAUCUGUUUUUUCUGAUGUAUCUUAUUAACAAAGAUGAAACAGAGCAUACAGGGCAGGAAUCCUAUGUAUGGAAAAUGUACCAAGAACGAUGCUGGGAGUUUUUUCCUGCUGGUGAUUGCUUCCGAAAACAAUAUGAAGAUCAACUAAACUAAGCAGAGAUGAGGAUUUCCGCUUGAAAAUAUGUCCAUGUAUUUCCCAGCUCUAUUGGGAAUGUCUAAAAGAUUUCUUAAAUUCCCAAAGCUAUGUGCUUUUUGGAGCACCAAAGCUCUGUUUUUAAUGACCUGACUGUGCUUUUAGUUUCUUGUGUAUUUGCUUUGAGAACACUGGAGUAAAGAACAAUGAAAAAUAACAGCAACUCUGGAAAACAAACCAACCGCUCACACACACACACACACACACACACACACACACACACACACACACACACGCACACAAAAUAUCCGUAUACAUAACAUGUACACAUAAAAAGAGACUUAAGACAGCUUAUUUCUGAAACUGCCAGAUGACACCCUUGUCUCUGAGAUCACACAUGGGGUGGCAUGGUAGCAACACUCAUUCAAUCUAUUUAUUUCGUCAUCCUGGAAGGAACUAUAUGUAGUUCACGGAGCACUGUAAAAGAUUGUUGUGGACACUGAGCUGUGGGGAAAUAGUGCCUUACUAUAUGUGGGUUGAGCUAUGCAGAAGAUGAGUGCAUGGUGACAUCUUUUUUUUUUUCUUUACAUUCUCCCUUUCUUCCAAGUUAAUGUUUAUUUUGUGUUCUUGGUGGGCUUGGGAGGAAGGGAUUUGGUUGUGCACAUCUUUUUAAUAAGACUGGAGUGUCUCAGGACAAGAGUAGGCUAUUCUCAUCAAGCUAAUUCCACAUUUACCUUCCUCUUUAGCUCUUGCUCUUAUUUUGGUAAUGCUCUGAUGCAACACUGCAACUUUAUGAAAUCUUUGUAUGAGAACAAGAUGACUGCAAAAAACACUUUAAGAAGAAAUGUUUCAUUGCAUGUUUAUUAUGCAAGUUUAAAACAAUCAAAAAAGCCAACCUUCAGAAGCAAGUUGAUCAACAUGAGAAAAACAUUCACAAUAAUAUAUCCAUAGUAAUAAAGUGUUGUGGGCUUUAUUGUACAUUUGGAACGAGUGUCAUCAGCCAACAAUGUAUAUGUUAUGAAUUUGAUGGUAAUUUGGGUUUCUUUUUCUUUCUUUCUUUCAUUUCUGCCACCUGUGAUCAAUAGUGGAGUUGAAGAUUUUCUCAUUAAAUUAUUUUUUAAAAUCAAAGCUGAAGCAAUAUCCAUUCAGGGAUUCCAUCAGUUGCAUCAUGAAACACCAAUGAUGUACAUUACUCCAUUUUGAGUCCUUUUCAAUUGUAAUGCCAGUCUUUACAAAUAAAAAGACAGAUUCAGAAUGGAAGCAAGCUGGUUUUGGUAGCAUGUGAGAUCUUCCUUAUGGAGUGUUUUUAUUCUUAGGGAGUAUUUUUAUUAAUCCCUGAGUUAAUUACAUCCACUUCAAAACAGGAUUAAUCUGCUGUUUCCUAUAAUGAAAGAUUUUUUUCCUUCUGGACUUCAUGCUGUUCUGUCUCUCCACCUCAUUUCUUUACAGGCCACAACUUUAUCAUAAAAGAAACUGGCUAUGCCAAUAUUCAGGUAUAACUAAGAGAUGUUGUAACAAAGGAAAUAAUCCUUUAGGAAAUAAUAAUCCUAAAAUAUUCUAACCCAAACUUUCAGUUCAGCUGAGUAUGAACAUUGCUACUCUGAAAUUGGGAUCCUGAAGAGAUUCUGGUUUAAAAUUCUCUCCAAUUCUAGACCCCUUGAAGCCAGAGUGUGGGGUGAGGGCUGGCAAUGGUGGGAGGGCAUGAGCCAGGCACUGCAGCCUCAGUUUGUUUUCAAAUUUAACUCCCGCCCAGGUGGGGGGUUCAUUCUGGCCUUGUUUUCUCCCUGUUCAGCAGAACUCCAUAGAACAGUUUUGAUUUGCUUUUCUUGGGUGUUGCAUAUUUGAUCUAGAAAUCAGAGAUAGCAAUAACAUUCCUUUUUGGGUGUAUGUCAUGAGAAGAGUUUUCCCAUGACGCACAGAUAUACACACACGCGCACACUCUCUUGGUGUUGCAGAUUUUACUGAGAAAUAUUUAACUAGUGAUUCUAACUGAUGUUUCAAGACCUCUUUGUUUUGAAAACAAAUUCAAGUGGACUUUGUAGGCAAAAAUGGGAAUAAAGUGGCAUGUUUCUUGAACCUCAACUUCCAUGUUACCUGGCUUCUGGGGCAUCCCUGCUGUUGAAUCCAAUAUUCUGUAUGAAAAAUAAAUGUGAAGCCACACUUAAACAUUAUAGUCUUUCAGGAUGAGAUCUACUGAUUGCAUAGUGAGAUAAAACAUUUCCUUUUAAGUACAAAAAACAUUCAUUUGUGGAGUAAUGUUAAUUAUAGCUUUCACAGAAGCAAGUUACUUCCUACAGCUAGGAACUGGUUCAUUAGGGUUUGCAAGAUCACUAUAGAAAAUGGAUGCAGAGAUGAUGGGAACUGGCUUGGAUAGACCCUCAGCCCCUGGUUGUGCUGUCCCCUGCAGAAUGGCUGUGGACUAUCUGUGACUCCCUGAAACUUCGCAUUUUUUGUUUCCUUCACAGCACAAAACUUGCUACUAAGAGCCUUUUUUAAAAAAAAAUACACAUCAGAGGGAAGAAAAGAAGCCCACUUUAAAAUUAAAAAAACAGAGCACAAGUCAUAGAAAUUGUUAGUGUUUAUUUUAAGAUUUCCAGUGAAUCCUACUGAUUUUGACACUAAUGUUCAUUUUUAACAGGACUGCUAUUCAGGCAGGUCACAUACUGCAUGAUGCAGAAAGUGGUAUCCAAGCUAAUAUUGUUUACUUUGUUUUAGAGUUAUACAAAGUGUAAGGCAAUUCUUACGGUUUGUUAAAAAAUAACUAAAUUUAUUGUGACAAAACUAAUAUCUUAGAAUUUUAGUGGAUAAGCUUCUGAAAGAGUAUGUUGUAAAGCAGUCAGUAAAAUAAGCAAUUUGUUCAUAUGAACACAGCCAACUAAUAUAGACAAUUCACUGCUUUUAUAGUUAUAUUAAAAGAAAUGGACAUUGGCAUGUUCUGUAUACUAGCACAACGUACAAAGGCAGGUAAUAAUAUGCCACUUGAAAAACACGACAGUUUUAAAUCCAAGAAAUUCAAUUUUAGUGCUUAUGUACUCAAUAUUUAAGAUAUAGUUAUGCUUACACUAAUGCUUUCUUUUUUUCAGCUGUUGUCUGAGGUUGUUUUACAGAAUGUGACAGUAAAACUGUAAUUUUCAAGAGGAUCUCCUACUCUUUAUUGAAGCUACUGGAGCUUUGCAGCUGUUUAGCUCUGAAUGUCAAGCAUAAAGAAAACUAAUAGCUCUAAAACCUGGAGUACGUCCUAGUGUAUUCAUGUUAAUCUCAGCAAAGAAACCAAGGGAUGAAUAGCAAUAGAAAAACAAAGUAAAAUGGAAGAGUAGUCGAGGCAAAAAGGUGUGUCUGUCUUAAGUGGUAAAGAUGACUGUUCUCAGCAGCUGAAGAUCUCUCGCAGCCAAACAGCAUCACUCUGCUGUGCAAAAGGAGUUCAAGAACUGAGACAAUUUUUGAUAUGCACAGCUUUCUUUUGUAACAAUAUAGCCAUGGGCUGAUCUGCAGUUGCAAAGUUUUGAGUUACGUAGUUGGGUGCUGGGUAGGAAGUUCUGAACUAAAGUUCAUCUGAAAAAUGUUUUUAAAUUUCUGAAAUGUAAAUGAAAAAACUCAUUGCAACAAAUCACAACAAACCAAAAGACUUUGCUCUAUCAAUCCAUGGUGUAAAUGCUCCAGGUUCACAUGCAAGUUGUAUUUGUCUGCUGUGUUGCUCAUUAGGAAUCUCAGUUAUUUAGACUACUACAUCUCUUUAUUAGGAAUAUGUUAAAUAAUGAUUACCUUUAGAACACAGAAGGGUGGCUAGAUACUGCUGAAUCAUGUGAUUCAGGAUUUGGAAUGAAUAAAAUAGUCCUGAUUAAUUCUUCCUUGCAUACUACUAGUGUCAUGAGAAGGAAACUGUGUGAACUGAAUGCAUUAGAAAAAAAGAGAAAAAACAAGGGAGAAUUAUAACAUGGAAAGUACUGAAGUAAAAGAAUAAAUAGACAGAUGAAAAAAAUAAUAUGAGAAUUAAUGAAUAUGAAAGAGGACAAAAUAAUUUGUAGGGGGACAAGCCAAGUGGCUUUGUGCAUAUUAAGCUUUUUUGAAGUACAUUCUUUUUUAUUGCUUUUUUGCCUGCCAGUAAGUUACCGCUACAUAAAAUGCCUGAUGCUCUGUUUCAUUCCAAAGAUUUUUUCCCUGUUUAAUUGAUUUUUCCUUUUUUAAUCAAUUAAAUAGCUAGCACAAAAUGCCAAAUAUAUAUACAACUAAACACACAUUUUUCCUUUCUAACCUGCACAGUAUUGUGAAGAAACAUGAAAUGGAAAGAGUAGGCUGUUUUGAAGUAUGGAGGUUGUUUGUUGGACAGAAAUAAUAAUCUUUUAUACUUCUAAGAGUAUGGUUCCAUGUUGUAUUUUUCCGCAGCAGAGCCAACCUGAAGCUGUUCCCAGUCCUCGUACAACCAGCUGCUCAAUACUGCCUUGUGUUUUUCUCUCAGUUAGUUACAUUUUAUGGUUUUGGGUAAACCACAAAAUGCAGUGAACCAGAUUAAGUCAGUUGUGGUUUUUCAACAGGGCAGCAAAUGCUUGAACUGGCAGUGCCAAUGGUGUUAUACUGUAAUCUGGAAAUCAGCAAGGAAUAAGCACAAAUACAAAAUAACACAAAAUGCAUAUUAUAUAGCUAUUUUUCCAAUAGACAUUCUCUUCAGAGAUACUGUAAAUUUCUUUUAAUAUCUAGUUUACUUCCAUCUCAAAAGAAUGCUUUAUAAUUACAUAAAGUAACUGGCCGGCUGAAUAAUCAGGAGAAGAAUGAAACAAGAACACUGAUGUCUUUUUGAAUAGCAAUUGCAUUCUGGAAAAGAAUUUGUAUAUUAAUAGAUUCUCUUGAAAGAGAAAAUUUUUCCCUCUGUUUUCAGAAAAUGGAAGAAAAGUGUAGGGUUACAGUUCUGUGACUAGUGAAGUUCAGACACUUUUUCUUCCCAGUUAGAGCAUCUGGAAACUUUGUGUGUGUAGGGUGACUAUGACAGCAUUGCCUAGAAACAGAUGUGUUAGACACAUGCCUUGAACUCUUGAAUUACUGAAUAUGUCUCUCUUGCAGCUACAAAAUGAAGUGGUUCUGGGACAGGUGAUCUGCAGUGCUGUGAUAGUUCUCCUAAUGCCAGUGGUCCUAUAUUCCUGUAUGUUUCAGUAGGGGAAAACAUUAUUAUUACAUGAAACCCUCUCGGAAGUAGCAGUUAGGUUGUACUUUUUAAUAUUGGUUUCAAAACUCAGAAGAGAGGCUAUGUAUGAUUUAGUCACUCCCAGAAGACUCAGGGCUUAUAGAGAGUCAUUGAGGAUCUCAGAGUAACUGUAGCCUAGAUCUCCUAAUUUUGGCAUGUAUCUAUUCACCUAAACCUUGGAAUACACUUCCUUCAGGGUACACUUAAUAGUCACUAAUAACUAAAUAGAUGACUUUUUAAAUAUAGCAUGAUUAAUUCUCUCUGUUCUAAUUAAGAUGCACUCAAGCUAGGAAUAAACUUUAAGGAUCUUUUUUCCUUCCUACUCGUCAACUGCACAUCUUUUGAGGUAUAUUAGAGCAAUGCUAUGAAUUGCUCUAAAAUUAGGCAUCAGCCAAAAUCUUUCACACUCCCCCCUCUCUCAACAACUGUCAUGCUAAAGUCUUAAAAGUACUGCAGCCCCAUCUUCCAUAACACAUGGUGGCAGAAGGCAGGAUUCAGCAAAGUAUGAGGUUUGCUUUACUUUAGCAUGUCAUAGUAACAUCAAUAAAAAGCCAUGUUUUCAGUUUGGAAAAACAUCCCAAUGUCAAAAUCAGAUAUAAUACGUAGGAGAGUAUGUCUUGAAACUGCUUAUGACAACUUUGCAGCGAACACUAUACAUCCUUUCUCUGGGCAGUAAGAUAUGCAUAGUCGUUUUCUUGCUUGGUGGGUUAAGUACGAAUGCAGCAUGCCAUGAAAAUAAAGAGGUGGGGGGUGUUGUUGUACUGUUUUCACUAGACCAUUGCUUCGUCUAGACAGGACUUGGUAAGAAAGGAGUGUUAAUUUACCACCCUGGCUCAGAAGGAUGGAUUUCAUGUCUUGAUUUAAUGUUUGACUGAGAAAAUUCCUAAUGCAGUAAACUGGAGCACUUCAUAAAUACUAAUAUCGUUUUGUACCUUUCAUCCAAAUUGUGAAAUUUCUCUUCAUUUGUUUGUUUUCUACAAGUUCUUUCUGAGCAAACCAUGUGGCAGGCCUGAAGAUUUUGUAAAGAAAAGACAGCUAUGUGGAAGUAAUUUGAUUUGACUGGAAAAAGCUGCUGAAAAUUGACAUCAUUGUGUUACAAAUGAGUAUGCAUUGUAAAAAAGGUGGAUAAUUUAAUUUUGAAUGUUUAUAAAAUGUUAUUAUGAUUAAUUAGAUAGUGAAGUUAGGUAGUAUCCAUGAAUAUUAAACACCUUAAAGAGCUCCUUGUACGAUGUUAUGAAGACAACACAGGCAUUUUGCUUCAUGCCUUUUAAGGAAUGGAAAAAUAAAAUGAAAGGACUUGAAAUAAUUUUAAAUCUUGCAAAAACUACUAGUGAAUAAAACAUGCUAUG